AUGGCCGAGGCCGCACAAAGAAGUAUAUGGGGGAGCGUGAUAGAGCUGACCAAAGAGGCCCAAGAAAAGGGUAGCGACCCUCUUCUCUGGGCAAUGCAGUUGUCCUCGUACUUGAACUCGGAGGAAGUGUGUGUAAGUCUUCCCUCUAUAGAGCUGGCGGAUGUGUUGGUUUCCUAUAUUUGCUGGGACAACAACGUUCCCAUCAUGUGGAAGUUCCUAGACAGGGCCUUGGUGCUCAACAUUGUGCCGCCUAUGCUUGUUCUUGCUUUGCUUUCUACAAGGGUUAUUCCAAGUCGACUUGUCCAGCCAGCAGCGUAUAGGCUUUUCAUGGAGCUCCUCAAGAGACAUGUUUUUUCUCUUAAAUCCCAAUUAAAUGGGAUGAAUUCUCAAAGGGUUAUGCAAUCAAUAGAUACUGUUCUUCAGCUUUCCCAGAUAUUUGGUAUGCAAACAAGUGAAGCUGGGGCUAUUGUGGUUGAGUUCAUUUUUGCAACUGUGUGGCAGUUGCUUGAUGCAUCAUUAGAUGAUGAAGGGUUGCUGGCAAAUACCUCUGAGAAGAAGCCUAGAUGGGUAACUAAUCCUCAUGAUAUGGAAAUACAUAACUAUGGCGAGAAGCAGACCGAACAUCAUGAGAGGAUGCAGAAAUUUAACACUGUGAUGGCUAUUGAGCUAAUUGGGCAAUUUCUGCAAAAUAAAGUAACUUCUGGGAUUCUUGACUUGGCGCGCCAAAACAUGUCCAAGCAUUGGGAAGGUUUUACAAAGUGCUUACAGAUGCUUGCAGCAAACUCAUCAGCAUUGAGAGAUACAAAAGUUAUAACUCCAGAGGCACUUCUGCAGUUUGCUUCUUGUACUCACAUGGUCUCUCGAAAAUGCAAAUUAAAGUCAAUGCAAAAGUUCCAUGACACUGUAGCUAUUGGACCUUUAGCUUCUUCUGAUGUUCUGUGCAAUGAGGCUAGUCAUUCUUCUCUUUGGCUCCCUCUUGAUGUGGUUUUAGAAGAUGCUGUGGAUUCAACAGAGAUUAAUGCCAAAAGUGCUAUUGAAACUAUCACCGGUUUCAUUAAGGUCCUUCGAGCCAUAAAUUGCACCACCUGGCACAACACCUUUUUGCACCUGUGGAUUGCAGCUCUUCGUCUUGUUCAAAGGGAAAGGGAUCCCAUUGAGGCCCCCAUGCCUCGUCUUGAUUCUCGCUUAUGCUUGUUACUGUCUAUCGCAACUCUAGUGGUUGCUGAUCUUAUUGAGGAAGAAGAAAGUGCUACAUUUGAUGAAACAGAAUAUGGCUCCUCCAAUCCCUGGGAAGAGAAAAGAGUUCCAGGAAAGUGUCGCAUUGAUUUGGUCUUCAGCUUACAGAUGCUGGCCGAUUACAAGGGCUUGCUGAUUCCACCCGAAUCCAUUGUUUCUGCAGCAAACCAGGCUGCUGCAAAAGCGAUGUUCUUUAUUUCAGGCAUCGAUGAUGGAAAUGCAUACUUAGAAUGCAUUAGUGUGAAAGAUACGCCAACUAAUUGUUCUGGAAACAUGCACCAUCUAAUAGUUGAGGCUUGUAUAGCUAGAAAUCUACUGGACACAUCAGCAUAUUUCUGGCCAGGUUAUGUGAACGGAAACAUCAUUCAAAUACCUCAUAGUGUGCCUACUGAGGUGCCUGGUUGGUCAUCAUUGAUGCAGGGAGCAUCGCUUACGCCAGUAAUGAUAAAUGCAUUGGUUUCAAGGCCUGCUUCAAGCUUAGCAGAACUCAAGAAAAUAUUCGAGAUUGCUAUCAAUGGAUCAAAUGAUGAGAAGAUAUCAGUAGCGAUGAUUCUUUGUGGGGCCUCACUAAUUUGGGGUUGGAAUCUACAGGAGCACACUGCUGAUUUUAUUAUUAGAUUAUUGUCUCCUCCAGCUCCUGCAGAGUACUCUGGUAGUGAAAGUCAUUUGAUAGCUUAUGCUCCAUUGCUGAAUGAACUUGUUCUUGGAAUAGCAUCCUCGGAUAAUCUUCUGAUUUUUUCACUACAUGGCUUGAUUCCACAACUUGCAUGUUCAUUGAUGUCAAUCUGUGAGGUUUUUGGGUCAUGUAUGCCCAAUGUGUUGUGGACUAUUGCAACAGAGGAAAGAAUCUCUGCUCACAAUGUGUUUUCAAAUGCAUUUACUGUUCUUUUGAGGCUAUGGAGGUUUAAUCAUCCUCCUCUUGAAAGGCGAGUAGGAGAUGCAGUCGAAUCCCGACCAACUCCGGAAUACCUCCUACUAUUCCGUAAUUCCCACCUGGAAUCUCCUAGAAAUGUCCACCAGGGUCAAAAUAAAAGGAGACUCUCAGCAAUUGCAAGUUCAUCUACUCUACACCCCAUAUUUGUUGAUUCAUUUCCAAAACUAAGAGUUUGGUAUCAGCGGCAUCUUGCAUGCAUAGCUUCACCCCUCUCCAGACUUGAAGAGACCCCUGUACAUCAGACUGUUGAUGAGCUUCUUAAAAUUAUGUUUUCAAAUAUUUGCAAAGGAAGUCAGUCUGUGCACUCUGUUACUUCUGGAAGUAGUGGUUUCUCUGGAACUAAAAAUAAAGAUGCCUUACUGACACCCAAAUUACCCGCAUGGGAUAUACUUGAAGCUGUUCCUUUUGUAGUUGAUGCUGUUUUAACAGCCUGUGAUAAUGGAAAACUUUCACCACGUGAACUAGCUACAGGGCUUAAAAAUUUAUCUGAUAUUCUUCCUGCGUCUUUUGCAUCCGUUAUAAGCUACUUCUCUGCUGAAGUAACCAGGGGUAUUUGGAAACCAGUUUCUAUGAAUGGAACAGAUUGGCCCAGCCCUAAUGCAAAUCUAUCUAAGGUUGAAGAACAGAUGAAGAAAAUCAUAGCUGCCACUGGUGUUGACAUCCCAAGCAUUGCUUCAGGUGGAAGCUCUACAGCUACACUUCCACUGCCCCUGGCUGCCUUUGUAAGCCUUACCUUAACCUAUAAAGCCUCUGAGUGUUUUCUCCGUUUGGCUACCCCGGCCUUGGAAUACCUUGCUGCAGGAUGCUUAUGGCCUUGCAUGCCAAUUGUGGCUUCCCUUUGGACCCAAAAGGCAAAACGUUGGAGUGACUACUUUGUAUUCUCUGCAUCUCGUACUGUCUUUCUCCAAAACCAUAAUGCUUUGUUUAAACUUCUCCAAAGCUGCUUUACUGCCACACUUGGCUUAAAUGCCACCCCUAUCUCAAGCAAUGGUGGUGUUGGGGUCCUUUUUGGCCAUGGACUUAGAUCCCCUGGUGCCCCUGGAAUUCUCUUUCUACACGUGUACCGGUACUUCAAAGGAGCUAUCUUCAUGACAGAAAAUAUUAUGUCCCUCUUGAUGGAUUCUGUGAGAGAGAUAGCAAGUAGAGGACUUCCUAAUGAGAGAUUGGAGAAGUUGAAGACAACCAAGAACACAGUGAGAUCUGGAGAGGUUUCACUUGCUGUAGCAUUGCCACAGGUGAAUCUAGUGGCUUCCCUUGGGGCUUCUUUAGUAUGGUUAUGCGGAGGCUUAGGUUUGGUUCGGUCAUUGUUCGAAGAACUUUUGCCUUCUUUGUUUAUUUCUCACAGUUCAAAGUUGGAAGGAAGGUCAGAAGGGAAGGUUGAAAUGCUACAGGGAUAUGCUCUCGCAUACUUUGCCUUACAAUGUGGAGCUUUUGUUUGGGGAGUUGACUCAUCAUCAAUGGCAUCAAGCUGUCAUCGAAAAAUCCUUUCGGGCCACAUGGAAUUCAUAGCAGGAGCACUUGAUGGGAAGAUAUCACUCUGUUGCGAUUCGGCGACUUGGCGUGCCUAUGUUUCACAGUUUCUGAGCUUGAUGAUAGAUUGUGCACCAACUUGGAUGCGGGAGGCAGAUGUAGAUGUCCUGAAGAGACUAAGCAGGGGUUUGGGGCGGUGGAACAAGGGAGAGCUUGCACUGGCUUUGCUUAGUAUUCGUGGGUUUGGUACUAUGGGUGCAGUUGCUGAGCUGAUAAUUGAAAACGAGUUGUAAUUUCCAU